AUGAAGAAAAUGUUUGAAGUGAGUAUGAACGGAGAAUUAUCUUAUUUUCUAGGUCUUCAAGUUCAACAAUCGGACCGUGGAAUGUUUGUUUCUCAAACUAAAUACACCAAGGAGCUUGUGAAAAAAUUUGGUCUUGAUGGAAAAAGUCAUGCUAAGACUCCUGCGAGUAUCAGUAUGAAACUUUUAGUAAAUCUUACUGGAAAUAGUGUUGAUCAAACACUCUACAGAAGUAUGAUUGGGAAUCUUUUGUAUCUCACUACUAGCAGACCUGACAUCUCUUUUAGUGUGGGUGUGUGUGAUAGUUUUCAAGUCAACUCCAAAGAAUCACAUUUAACAGCUGUUAAACGUGUCAUCCAUUAUGUGAAUGGCACUGUAAACUAUGGGAUUUGGUAUUUCAGGAGCACCAACCUAAACUUGGAAGGCUACUCCGAUGCCGAUUGGGCAGGAUGUGCUGAUGACAGGAAGAGUGCCUCUGGUGGAUGUUUUUAUGUAGGAACCAAUCUUAUGGCCUCACUAAGCAAGAAAUAA